GAACAACACCUCGACACUACUAUCUUAACACAUUUCCUGGCCUGCUUCUUUACGCGAUAUAGCUCUCAAAAUGAAACGAAGAAUUACAUAUAUUACCGCCGCAGAUGCGGAGUUCGACCCUUCAAAGCAAGCAAUUCUGAGCAAGGACACCUUAUCGAUCCGAGGUCUAGACGCAGCGAAAGAAGAGCGCUUCACUUUUAACUCAGCAGAGCUUCCAACCAAACUCUUAGAUAAUCUGCAUCAUACACGCGAACUUCAUAUACGAUGGAGUACCGAGCGAAACUACGACUCCGUGGCGCCGUUUUUGGCUCGCAUAUCUCCGGGUUUACAGGUUUAUCAUAUAUCGUCAAAUGAGAGCGAGUUAAGAGAGGAUACAGACCGAAUAUGUCCACUUGUUCAGAACCUAUUUGGAGAUGAUAUCAAAUGUAUAUCGCAAAAGAAAUCCUUCUCAGAGGCCCCAGUGCUAGUAGAAAGGUUGUCAUCGUUAUCGGCUCAACACACUCAAUUCCAUCAUAACCUACCCUCGAUCGACCGCUUUGUCCAAUUUAUCCGACACAGUGUUUGCGAUUUGACGGAUGUCCAAUGCGCCGAUAUUAUAUCGUCCCUUUCCUCGGCGGAUUCCAUUGCUAUCGACUACGAUGCUACAGCCGAUACAAUCACUCUUUCUGCAUUCUGGUCUCAGCCGCUCUCUGAUGUGGCCAGGUGGACGGAAGAUAUAAAUGUAGUUGGAUCGAGUGGGAAGGUCGAGGUCGGUCUACUUUCGAACGAGAAGUCUAUCGACGCCGAGGACCUUACGCUUGGGGGAUAUCUGGCAGUAGUGGGCCAGGAUAGCAAGCUAAAGCAUGCUACAUAUGUGUCGACAUUUGAAACACCAACUGGAUUACAUCCCACCAUGAAAAUCUCGAUAUCCCCGUCAGCGCUUGUUCAGCCAUCAGCUCCAGAAGACACCACUUGCGCUCUCCACACAUAUCUCACGCUUCCUUCGACCAUAUUUGCAGACAAAUAUCAACUGUCUACAAAAGAUCACUUAUUUUUGAAUUCACAUCAUCUUAAAGGGCUGCGCGCUGUAUCUGGUGAAACAGAUCUAGAGGCGCCUGAUUGGGUUCUACCGAGCUGGGGCUCCAAUCUACUCAUUGAGAUUGCCACGCCAAUAGAUAAUCAGUCCAUAAAUGAUAGUGACAGCUGGGAUGUCACUAUUCCGUUGCAUCUACGGUAUUUGAAGCCUUCGGAAAGCGGGUAUCGACCAACUUCCAUCCCGUGGCCGAUCGUCUUCUGGGCCUGCAGUGCUGAAGACACGGAGAUGGGUAUUAAUCCAUUUGACCGAGUUGAUCUCGGCUACGACAAGUUGUUCCCUCCAAAAACGUAUUUCUACCAUCUCCAUCCGGGGAUUGACACUGCCGAAAGAGUGCUCAUGCAGGAGAUACAGGUCCCGGUGCUGCGGGCAGCUACUGAGGGCGGACGAUUGUUUGGCGACGCGGGAUAUCAAGUAGAGCUCGGAACUGUGGCUGCUAUUUUGAUAGGGUUCACCUGGGUUUUAUGGAAGUUAGUGUCGAGUCUCAGAUCUGGGCCGCGGAAUUCAAUAGACGCGAAGAAAAGGAAAUAA